AUGUCCACUCGCUUCCGCGAACUAUUUACACCCAUAUCAAUACGAAGACCGACCUGGAGCCUUGACACCAUUGUCACAGCACAAGAGCGCAACAGGAACAGCAUGUCUGCCCCUGGCCCUGCCGCUCCCAGCGACGCCCCCGAGCUCACUGAACACUCUCCUCUGCUCAACCGUCACGUAUCCUUCCGUCCACAGCUGUCGGAACAGCAACCGCCGUCACCCAUGUCUGAGGCCGGCACAGCGUCGUCAUCAACGGCGGUGCCGCCUGGGACAGACCAGCAGCCCUCACCUGCUCCCACACCUACGCCUACGCCUGCACCUCCACCUACUCCGACUCCUGCCCCAAUAGAAACACCUAUUCCCGCCCCUUCCCCUGAACCAUCUUCCGCGCCAGACAUGAACAAGCCCUCCAGCACCCAGCCCUCUUCCUCAGACCAUCCCACCUCCAGCAUCCCUCCCACACCGGCACAGCGCCUCCCCAAGGCAGACACGAACCUCUCCUGGGGAGGCCCCGCGGGCCUGCACCUGCGCUCCAACAACGACGAGUCCCUGCAGAUCUUCCGCCGCGCCCUCGGCAUAAACACCCACCUCGGCAUGCCCGGCUCCGGCUCCUCGACCUCCCUGUCCCCCGGCGGCGGCGGCGGCGCCUUGGAGUCGGGCCGCCGGCCCACACCCGGCGGCAUCUACGCCUCGGUGCUCGACGCCCAGCGCCGCAAGGCCUGGAGCUACGCCGUGCUGUCGGCGCUCAUCUACGCCUGCCACUUUGGGCAGAUCAUCAUCGGCGCGGGGCUCACGGCCCUCGGCCCCGCGGCGGGGGAGCACACCCUCGCCAUCACGGCCCUGGGCGCCGUCAACACCAUCAUCGCCGGCGUCCUGGCCCUCAUGAAGGGCAACGGCCUGCCCGAGCGCCUGGGCAAGGACAAGGUCGAGUUCAGCCGCCUGCAGGACUGGAUCGAAGAGACGGAGGCGCUGCUGGCCGUCGGCGUCAUCGGCCGCAACCGCAAGGAGGUGGGGCUGCUCGUCGAGGUCGCGUUCAAGAAGUACAAUGCCGCCAAGGCGAGCGUCGACAACAACAGGCCUGAGAACUACGUGCGGCAGAUCGCGGAGGGGGACGACGACGGGCGGAAGUCCGGGAGCAGCGGUAGCGACGGCGGGGGCACGGGCAACACGAUGGUUAGCUUGAACCUCCCCAAGACGCAGUGA